UGAUGAUUUCAUGAAACAAGAGUUCUUCGUAAGUACGCUACUUUUAUAACAAUUCAGCCUAAUCGAUUCAAUUAAUGGACUGUGUAGAUGCUUAUGUUUUAGCAUUUGACAUGAACAAAUCGAAAUGAUUCGAAGCAAACGACUUCACUCGGCAUCAACGCCGGUUCAACAACAAACACCAUCGUUACUAACUUGUCAGUUUCUCAGCUAUACGGCAGAGAAUGAUAUUCAGUUUGUUGCCAUGGAACCACCAUCAAACAGUCUUGAACCGUCAUCUUUCGUUCCAUCAUCCUUGACCUAUUCCGGUUUAAUGAGUGAAUCGUUCCCCGCUUACGGAGGACCUUUCCAAGUGAUCGAGCCGGGAAGUGAUUUGUAUCUGGAGAUAGAUUCGGCGUUUUGCUUUGACUCGUCAGGAGCAGAUCAGCUUCCGCUUCAUCAACAGAGCGAUAACUUUUCUGAAAAUGGUAUUCCACAGCAAGUGCUGGAUGAUGUGUUCCGAAUGGAGGAUGAAAUGGAGGCUGACGGAGAGCUAUUGCCAAGUCAGUAUCCCGUCGCAGAUAAUUUAUCGAUGGCAGAUUAUGAGAUGCAACUGGUCGCCGAAAUGAACAAAUUGUUUCCUGAAGUUAGUACCACGCCUGUCGGUGCAACGAAUAGUCGGUUGAUGGAGGAACUAAUCAAGUAUGGAUCGUCGGAUAGUCCAUGUUAUAUGAAUGUUCAGUUGAAGUCCGAUGGAAUACGUAGUGGGCGAAACGUUCCGAAGUUGGACAUUCUUAAGCGGGACAAGGAGCGAGGCUUUCGAUGUGUGGAUAUGGUUGAUGGCAAUGGGAAAAUGUUUAAAGCUAAGUAUUACGAGCACAUAACGAUUCAGAAACAGCCAAAAUUGUUUUCUCCGGUUCCCGUUACGAAGCCUACUACCAAUCCGAUGCCAUAUCGCAGAAUAACCGAACUGCUUCGGUCUAAUCAGUUAGCAAACGUUAGUCCUUCCGUGGCUAACAAAAUCGAAAAGUUAGCGAACAAUAAUCGAAAUGUUACGCUUACGCCAAUCCGAGGCAGUACGUCCACCGGACGGCACAGUAUGAGUACUCCGGCGAAAAAUUCCACUACCAUUGUCAUCAAAGCUCCGAAAAGAACCAUCGCGCAUAAUGCGGACGCAGAGCCAACCCCACCAUCCGAACAUUUCCCUAUGCCAAUUAUCAAACAAGAACCGCCAGAUGAUCCACCGGUUGAACUGGAACUGCAGCAGCAGCUAAGCGUCAUAGAUUCCACACCGAUCGAAGUUCCGACUAUUACACCAAUGUCGACGAACAACACUGUCAGCAAGCAACCUCGGAAGCAAAAGCUUCAAUCACUAUCGCAGUGCGAUGUGAUUUUCAAUGAUUCGGCCAGUACGAGAACUGUUCCGAGGUUAACAUCCUCCUGCAACGAGGGACGAUCGGGACGUAUCGAGGGUUCUUUGAAGAUUCCGCCUCCGCGAGUCCGUACACCAAACGACUUCGUCACCGUGACGAUCAAAGAUGCCAACGGAAACAUUCGUAAGCAACCGCAGCUGCGCUUGGUUCAGAAAAACGUGAAUAGGCAGUCUGCAUCCAAUUGCAGAUCGGACACGAUGAGACAGCGCAUUACCCACUAUCGUGUGCAGACGAUUCCGAAAGACAAACGAGUUCAUGGUCAACCGAUGGAAUCAAUCGAAAUUCUGGACAGUUCCGAUGAUGACGUCGUUGAGACUUCCGUUCAUAGCGAAUUUGAGGAAGUUCCCAAACCGAAGCUUCCCGGAAACACCGAGUCGAUUCAGUGUCCAUUUUGUUGCAAAAUAUUCAUGUCACCACAUUCGCUGAUGUUGCAUCGCCAAAGCUGUGCCGAUGCGGUCAUGUUCAGAAAUGUCAACCGGAGUAAACCCGCACGUAGACCAAACAGAAACGAAAACGUAAGUCUGUUGAAACGAUCUUUCGAUUCGUUUGGUACUGACGAUCGAAAGUCAAAUAGAGAUUCUUCACUGCAAUCACCCGGAAAGUUCGGAGCUGUCGCUAGCAACGAUGCGGACAGGUCGAAUGUUGUCUCGAAGAGUUGUCGGUCAGAAACAAAGAAGAAACGUUCAUCGAACGGACACAAGCGCAGCGAGAAGCUCAGUAUCGAGAUCCUACACUCGGCAUUCAACAUUGACAAUUUGCUGGUAUGUGAUGUCUGUAAGAAAACGUUUCGAACCCAGGACCAUUUGGAAGUGCAUCGAAAGAUUCACGAUACUCAGUUCAUUUGCCAGUAUUGCAAGAAGAAGUUUCAUGAGGUACCAGUCAAGCACGUGUGCCAAGAAAUGAAGCGUUCGAUACAACACAAACGUAAGUCGUGAACGGUUGUACCUAAAUGAGGUGCGGUUUGUUUUUUUUUUAUUUUGGGAAUAUAAUUUGAACUUCGAAAAUGC